GUGUGACUACACAAGAACAAAUACUAACUACAAGUUAUUAUUUUAUUGUAAAGAUUAUUUUUAUAUUUAGCUAAUUAUAAAUGCAGGUUGAAGAAUGUUUUAACUUAGAAAAAUAUCGUGUUCUUAAGGCUCCUAGCAGUGCCUUUUAUAUCCCAAAUUUCUUGACACCAGAAGAUGAAGAUAGUCUUUUAAGCAAAAUAUAUGAAGUACCUAAACCAAAAUGGACAAUACUUUCAAACCGAAGACUACAAAAUUGGGGUGGUCUACCUCAUGCAAAGGGAAUGGUUCCUGAAGUAAUACCAUCGUGGUUGAACAAUUACGUAAUACGGGUUGGUUCAUUGGAUUUGUUUGAUGGAAAACAACCUAAUCAUGUUUUGAUUAAUGAAUAUCAACCUUCGCAGGGGAUAAUGCCUCAUUUUGAUGGUCCGCUAUUUUAUCCAACAAUAUCUACGAUCACUGUUGGUUCUCAUACUCUACUAGAUUUUUACAAACCAACAGACGAAACUGAUGAUGGUGUUAUUGGAUAUCAGAAUCUUUAUAUUGGAUCAUUUCUUCUUGAAAGACGAAGUUUGGUAUGCUUUAAAGAAUCUAUGUAUUCAAGUUAUAUGCAUGGAAUCAAAGAGGUUUUUGAAGACAAUUUAGUUGAUAACAAUAUUCUAAAUGAUGUUGCUGAAACAAGCCAGACAUUAGUUCGGGGUACUCGCCUUUCUAUAACUAUCAGACAUUUUCCUAAAGUUCUGAAAUUUAAGAUGAAGUUGGGACACUGAGAAUGUUUUAAUUUUUAUCAUUCGGCUUUAGUCUAUAAAAUUAGUUUUGCUAAUAAGUAAUAAUCUUUUUGAUUGAACUUUGUGAAAUAAAGUUUUUUAGUUUGUUAAAAAAUUUUUGAAGUUGUUGUUUCUUGAAAUAAACUUUCUGUAGUUAUAACA